AUUUCCGGGGAUUGAGAUGUUUCUUGUUUCCAGUGCAGCAUCUUAUGUUAGCUAACAUUAAUACCAUCUUGAAACGAUCGUGUAGACGUUGACUGAAUAUAGCUGUUGCAUUUUGGGGUCUCACUCAUGUCGGACAGAAACAACAGUGUGGAGUGGAUUGAGACAACCGAGGAGGUGGUUAUAACAGAGGAAUGCCUUUCCACUGAUACUAAUGCAGUGAUACCUGUUUUGGAGCCUGCAGAAGCACCUAUCCAGAAGUUAUUGGGUGCUGUGGUGCAGGGAGAAAACUCAGAUGCUGAUGAUGUUUUCUGUUGUGAGGAGUGUCUGACUCUCUUCCAAAACCAGACCGAUCCUUCUAACAUCAGUGGGCCAUCAUUUGUUCUUGACUUUCCUACUGCCAUUGGUGUUCCUCAGAGGGCUCUCCUCACACUACCUUUUGGGCUCACGAUAGGCAGAUCUAGUAUUCCCACUGCCGGUAUAGGGGUCAUAAAUCAUGGACCAACUGUAUCUCCUGGAAUGCAUUUUGGACCAUAUGAGGGUGAAAUGAACAUAAGGGAAAAUGCCUUGGCAAGUGACUUCUCCUGGGAGAUUUUCAAAGGACAAGAUGAGUAUGAGUAUAUCGAUGCUGCCAGAGACACACACUCAAACUGGAUGAGGUAUGUGAACUGCGCUCGUAAUAAAGAUGAAACCAAUUUGCUGGCGGUACAGUACAAAGGCAGCAUCCUUUUUCAUUGCUGUCGCAUCAUUCACCCGGGAGAUGAACUAAUGGUUUGGCCCAGCAGCAAACUUUUGGCCCAGUUUAGUGAAGCUUGGAGUCAGAUCUGGAUUAUGAAGUUGAAUACAAGAGAAAGCAACGCAACUGCAUCCACACAGAUCUUCUUGUGCCCUCACUGUCAGCUGUCCUUUACCACUGAGACAUACCUACAGCGACAUACAGAAUACUUCCAUGUGCAGCCAACAGGGGGCACUUUGACAAAGCAAGCUGAAGCAAAUGAACCUGAAAAUCCUUCUCCAAAUGCUGGUGCAUCAGUGGUGGUGUUUUCUGUGGAUCCUGUUGAUUCCAAAACAUGCUCUGACUGUGGGAAGACCUUCAAACAAAUGCCUCACCUCCGGAGGCACAAGCUCUGUGUUCACUCAAACAAGCGUCCCUAUUGCUGCCCACACUGCAGGCGUAGCUUUAGCCAGGCCUCUGGCUUAAUCAGACACCAGCUAGUUCACAAAAAGCAGAAUUUGAUUACAGACACAGAUACAGCACCUAAUCAGGACAAAAUCCUCAGUGAAAAGGAGAACUCUUCUCUUAAUUCUGACUCUGGCGAUCCAUCAAUAAUGAACGACUUGACUGAGGCAAAGGACGUUAGUUUAAGCCAGAAUCUGAAAGAAACUUUGGGUGUGAACGAAACUGAGAAUACUUCUGCCCAUGAAGUAGAAACAUCUCAGGGGUUGGAAGAGCAAUCUCACAGUUGUUCCGACUGUGGAAAGGGCUUUGCUACUAAAACAUACCUUAAAAAACAUAAAAUGACCGUGCAUAGUAAGCUACGUCCCUAUGUCUGCACAUUGUGCCAGAAGUGCUUUGGUCAGUACAAUGAUCUGUCCAGGCAUUUGCAACGUCACAAAAAUCAAAGCAAAAAUACAGUAGGGAAAACACAGGAUGCAGAUGAUUCUACCAUUUCUCCCUUUUGUUGUGCAGAGUGUUCGCUGAAUUUUCCCUCUGUGGAUGGUCUUCAAGAGCAUUUAAGAGAGUGUCACUCAGUGGAGAUCCCUGUGGAAAAUCAAGAGGAUUCAAAUGAUGAUAGUCAAAGCCACGGUCCAGACUCGAGUCUCCAACCUCCAGAACCUGAAACACCUGAAUCUUCCCUAAAGCCUGCAAGUGACAGGCCGCAACGUCUUGGAGCACGAUCUAAAAUUUCUGCCAUAACCAAGCUCAUAGCUCCAAAACGAAGGAGAGUCAUUAGUAAAAAAUCAUUAACCAGCACUGGUCUCACUGAGAGGGACUGCACGGAACCAGAGGUGCCUCAUGUCAGGAAUAGAAAGUCAACAAAAUACAAAUGGUACAGCUGUAGUCGGUGCAAACGGACAUAUUCAAGCCCCGGGGAUCUGAAAACACACAACUGUGCUUUAAAACAGCACAAGUGUGGUCAAUGUGGUGCAACCUUUAAUAAAUCUGGUUUCCUGAGAAGACACGAGCAAACAAUCCAUGGCAACACCAUGGCAACACUAAGUCCCUGCCACACCUGUGACCGCUGUGGCAGGGUGUUCUCUACAUCUGGAAACCUGAAGCAGCAUCAGAAAUCUAAAACCUGUGAGAGGUAUCAUUGUGCAUCGGAGCUUUUCUCAUGCUCAUUCUGUCAGUUUUCCUUCACGAUGAAAAACUAUCUUAUUAAACAUGUCAGGAGGCACCACCCUCUUGAGUACGUGUCACACUGUGAGUCAGACAGCCUCGCAUACCAACAGGAAGAAGAAGAGGGAGGAAAACAGUACUUAUGUUCCCACUGUGGGAAGAGCUAUGCAAGCGCUAAAGCUUUAAAAACUCACACAUGCUUCCAGCAGGUAAAGAUACUGUACUUGUGCACCGACUGUGGAAAGGGCUUCUCUAACCACUACGGUCUAAAGCAGCAUCAGCGUAUUCACACAGGGGAGAAGCCGUUCAGCUGCCCUCACUGCAGCAAAAGCUUCUCAUACACCGGUCAGCUCAACGUGCACCUCCGAACCCACACCGGCGAGAAGCCAUACCUGUGCACCCACUGCGGCGAGAGCUUUCGGCAGUCAGGAGACCUGAAGCGGCACGAGAGGAAGCACACAGGCGUCAGGCCGUACAGCUGCCCCGAGUGUUGUAAAAGCUUUAGCCGUCCGCAGAGCCUUAAAGCUCAUCAAAUGCUGCAUCUGGGACAGAAAAUGUUCAAAUGCACCCAGUGUGGAAAGAGCUUUUCCCGAAACUAUCAUCUCAGGAGACACCAUCAGAAGAUGCAUUUGUAAUCAGAAAUGUGAAGACUUUGAGGAUGCUGUAGCUGUUGCAGAGAUGCACUGAUCCACUUUUUUCAGUUCUGAUCCGAUUCCAUCUGAAUUUUCUUUCACAUCAUAAUGGAGCAGAUGUUUAAGGAAUAGUUCAGUUUUUUGGAGAGAGGUUGUAUGAAGUGUCAGUGUAUAAACCUCCAGUAAAUGGUGGUCAGUGAAGCCCCAUAAGCAAAGCCAUGUACAACUGUGGAUGGGGUCAGCUACUAAACAGUACCCUAGCUGCUUAAAACAAAAAACAAAG